CGGUCCGCCAUGUUUGUGUAUGACUUCAGCGCCGUCUUCGCUUAAACACACUCACUACCACCUAGAGUGCACACACUAAACACACGCUCCUAAAGCAUCUGUCCCAAUGCACAUGUCUACAUUUUAAAAGGAAAAUAAACACUCUGAAGACAUUCCGACGUCUUCUGUGAUGGAGGCCAGUGCUCGAGAUGAGGAGUUUAAGUACGAUAAACCGGGAGCUGAGAGGUCGAGGAGACGAAGAGGAGGAGAUGAUCUGGACAGUGAUAUGGAAGGCGACCUGCUGGAGGAGGACUGGCUUUCAUCCAAGAAGAACCCGUCAGAGCUGUCGGACGAAGAGCUCAACGACGACCUGCUGCAGAGCGACGAGGAAGACCAGAACACCAGUGCUCAGGGUGCAGCGGUGAGCCUGAAUGCAACAUCAGGUCUCGACGAAUCGCACGAGCUCCAGGAAGGAGAUGAAUACAUAGAGGAGGGAGAGCAAGAGGAGUACGGAGAAGAAGAGGGGAUGGAGUGCAGCAUGGGGGGAAACGAAGAUGAAGUGCUGGACCUGCAGAUCGAUGAGUCGCUGGACGACGAUUUUAAAGUCGCCAACUACGACAUCGAAGCGCAGGAAGUGCAGCCUAACCAACAGAAGAUGACCGAGGCAGAGGGGGCAGAGCCUGAGGAGGAAGUCGAAGACGUCUCGCAAGUUACAGAAGCAGAGGAGCUCGAGCCCGAACCCGACACGAAGGAAGAUUCCGACGAAGACGAAGAGGACGACGAGGAAUCCGAGCGGCUGCGUUUCAAAACCGAGCGCAAAGACAGCACUGUGGUCCGGCUCUCAGAUGCCGCCAGCAAACGCCGGAAAAUUCCGGAAACGCUUGAACUGACCGAAGAGGCCAAAGCAGACCUGCUGGAGUUUGAAGAAAAGGAACGGCUGAGGAAGCAAGGUCGCUUCAGUGGUCGAGGCAGAGGAGGAGUAGGUGGAGGAAGAGGAAGAGGAGGAGGACCUCCCGCAUGCAGUAUGGGAGGAUUCCGUAAAGAUGGCGGUGCCGGGCGAGGGAGAAUGAAUGAACCCAGACCUCCGCUGAUGCCGGUCAACAUGGGCAUGCAGCCCAGGAUGAUUUCUCCUCAGUCCCAUCGUCCUCAGCCCCGCCCUUCCGGUCCUCGUGGAGGUCCCGGUCUUUUCCCUACGCCGCUUAUCCCGAUCCCCCAGCAGCCUCUGCAGUCCCUGAUGUCUCCGCGCUCACCGGCGCUGCACCAGAAUCCGCAGCAGGAACUGCACCCGCCUCGUCCUCACGGACACACGCACGCACUUCCGCACACACACUCCAACCAGCACCAGCAGCAGCAGCAGCAGCCCAAGAACAUCCACAUCAACCCGCAUUUCAGAGGGCCGGCGUCUUCCUCACCUGUACAAGUUCCGUUGUUAUCAUCCGCUCCGAAUCAGCCCAGACCCAACCUCGGGCCUCAGAGAUUCCCGGGCCCUGUUGAUUUCCAGCAUUUCCUUCAGCCUCAGAGACCCCCGCCUCAGGAGCAGUGGAGAAGACCGCCGCCGCCGCCUCCUCACCAGGAGAGGGAGCCAUUCUACAGCAACGAGCCACGUUUUCCAGCCCAGCCCCUGUUCGAUCUCCCCGGCUCCGCCCCCUUGAUGAACAACAACAUCCUCCCUCUGUCCUUCCCUCAGCCAGGGCCGGGGUUCUGCCCACCAGUUGGCGGAAUGUUCCAGCGAGACCUUCCUCCUCCUCGCCCCAACUUGCCCCCUCCUCAGCCGUCUCCUGCCCCGCCUGCUCCCCGCGGCUUCAUGGGACACAGACAGCCGUUUCCUCCACAGCAGCACAACGCCCCCUUCAGUCCUCAGCACGCACCUUUUGGCAUGCAGCAGGGCCUAAUUCAGCCUCAUCCUCAGCAGCAGCACCACGACCACCCCCCACCUCCACAUCAUCACCCAAUGCACCAGCACCAGCAGCACAGACAGGACGUUCCUCCUCUGCCUCAUAAUCAACAUCACCAGCAUCAACACCAGGAGCAGCAUCCCAUCAUGCACCUCUCUCACCCGCCCUUCCGCCAGCCCAUUCCGGGUGGACCUAGACAGAUGAAACCCCGUCCACAAAAUAACAUGGGAGGCUUGAGAAUGGUGUCUCCUUCAUCCAUGCAGCAGCUCCAGAGCCUCCCUCAGCGCAACAGUAACCUGCGCGAGCUCCCCAUCGCCCCCGGCAACCAUGACCCCGGCCGCUACCAUCAGCCAAGGCCUGUGACCAGGGCCACCCAGAAUGCCAGGCCUGGGCAGGGGGGUCGGGGAGAAGACAUCGGGCGAGGGCGGGGUUUUGCGAAACCUGUCCCACCCCAAACCGCCUCAGAGAUGAAGAACGAAAUACCAGCUGCACUGUCAAGCACACCUGUACAAAAAGCCACACCAAACACACCUACACAGGAUGAGGACGAGGACGAGGAGACACGUCAGUACCGGCUGAAGAUUGAGGAGCAGAAGCGACUGCGUGAAGAAAUUCUUAAACGCAAGGAAAUGCGCAGGCAGAUGCAGGCAGGCGCACGCAAAAAGGAGCUUUUGGAGCGCCUCGGUGGCCAAGUAGUACCUCAAACAACCCCCGCACAGCCUCAAACCACCCCAACUCAACCCCAAACCAGCACACCACCCCCGUCUGCCACCCCCAACGGCGUUAAAUCCCGCCUACAGAACCCCGGCCUCGAGCAAAAACAGCGCCCACAGAACCCGCAGAGAACCGUUCCACAGCUCCCGAGCCCUAACACGGACGUCAGUGCACCUCCCGAGGAGAAGAAGAUCGCACCGAUCCAGACACAAGCUAACGCCGUGAGGAAGAGGACGGUCAUGCAGCGCGUUAACACCGGCUCGCCUCAGAUCCCGCAGAAAGUGCGAGUUGUUAAGCGACUAGCGGGCGGAGAGGAAGCUUCGUCCCUACAAAAUCAGCCACAGCAGAUGAUUGGUCGAGCCGCUCCUCAGCAGAGACUGGGCACUGCCAGGAAGGUCAUGGUGGCAGCAGCUGGACCACAGCAACAACAACCACCACCACCACCACCACCGCAGCAGCAGCAGCAGCAGCCUGAAGGGAACCAGAGUAACCGGGUGGUGGUCUCAGGUCGUGGGCGUGGUCGAGGUGCUCGUGGCGGUCGAGUGAUGCCUCAGAAUAGACAGAAUCCCCGGGUUGUGGAGUCUCAGCUCAGUACAGUGUCUAUAGACGGCCUCUCAUCCUCUACCACCGAGAAACAGAUCAAAAACCUGCUCAACUCCAUCGGCCCCAUACAGAUGUUUAAGAUGAUUCCGCAGCAGAGGAAAGCCAUCGCUACAUUUGUGAAUCCUCAGCACGCUCUGAGUUUCCAGCACAGCUUCCACAGGCACAUGAUCGAUCUGUCCCACAUCGACGUGACCAUCCUGGACAGCUGAGGAACCUGGAAGAACCGACCAGAGAUCAAUCCUCACCAAGCCGAGAUGGUGGCUCCGUGCUCCGGAAUCCAGGCAUCGUUUUACUCGGAAGCUCUCAAAACACUAACGCGAAUCUGAGGAGCAAAAAAACAAAACAACAAACGACUCGGAUUUUAAUCGUCCCUGGUUUCGGCGAGAGAGAGCAGCUUUUCCUGCUUUGUGUUCUUUGCUCCUGUGAUUAUUCCCAAAAGGUUGGAAAGUUGCUCUGACUGUAGAGACGCUGGUUAUUGUUAUUGUUAUUUCUUUUGACUGCGAAAGGAGAGAAAGGUUGUUGUUUUUUUUUUUGUUUUGUUUUUUUUGUUUUUUUAAAGUGAUACCUGCGGCGCUUCAUAGCGGUUGCUUCCGUCCUCCUCCUCCUCGUUUAUACGCUUUUUCCAAACGCUUCUGGACAAGAUCGCUCAUUCCUUCAGAUCAGGCUGGAGUUGGAGUUCUUUUUGCCACCACCAGAGGGCAGCGUUUCAGUAGAAAUGAGCUAGUUUAACGCACUGUAUUUUGUGAAGUAGCUGGAGUUCAUCAUGUCAGCUUUUAUCAGCUAGACUUUUAUUUUAGAUUUAUGAUCGCAGGUGUAAAUAUUAACUGUACAUUUAUUUUAUCACGAUAAUCCCACAGAUGGCUGGCAGACUUCUUUUUUUUUCUGUGAGAUUUCUACAUUUAAAUCAGCUAAAAGAUGCUACGUCCUGCUCAGGUUCCGUUUAAAAAAAAAUAAAAUAAAAUAAAAAGGCUUACGAUUGUUUAGAUUUCUGAGAGACCUUUUCCACUUAUUCUACAGCAUGGAGUCAUUUCUGAUCAGCUAACUGAAGUUUUCGCAGGCUAGCAUUGUGUGUAAUUAGCUGUAGCUUCCUUUCAGUUUUGUUGAGACGCAAGUGUUCUCUCUCUCUCUCUCUCUCUCUUCCUCUUUUUUCUGAGGUACUUCUCUCUCUCUCUCUCUCUCUCUGUCUAUCUUUUUUCUGAGGUACUUUUUAAACACUAGCACUGUUUGCUGUCGCGUAUUAUACAAGUCUUUUCUGUUCUGGUUAGCUAGAAAGCUGGCCGUAAGCUCCAGAUCAUCCAUUCUGACGAAAUAUUCCCGUAAUGCUGCUAAUUUUACCUCAGGUUUUCGUUUUUUCUUCAUUUUCCUCGUUUUGCUAGCUGUUUGCCGUUUACUUCACAGCCUCAGAGUAAGUUUCGAAUAAGAUUCGGCUCUAAAAUUCCCUUUCCGGCUUCACAUCCAGAUUGUCUAAGGUCUGAAGGGUUGUUAUAUUAGCUUGUAUACAGCAAUCUGUGGAGAUUUUAAUAGUUUAGUUGAGGUAAAAACGUCUCUAUUUUUGAGUUUCUUCACUCAUUUGCCCGAGUGUGCUCCACAUGUGAAAGAUUGCUAUGCUAACUAGCGUUCUAGCAAGUUCCUCUCUCUCUCUCUUUCUGUUUUGUUCUUCAUUCUGUUAUCUAUAAUCAAGCCUUUUAUAUAUAUAUAUAUAUAUAUAUAUAUAUAUAUAUAUAUAUAUAUAUAUAUAUAUAUAUAUAUAUAUACACGAUAUGCUUCUCAUGUCCUUUAUUCCCUCAGUGGGAUUAGCUUGCAAGCAUUGCUAACUACUUUGAGGUGAUUAUAGACCAGAUCUUCUGUUUUUGCGCUGGACUCUUGAGCUUAAAGAUUGAUGUAUUUUGAAGUACCCUGACGUUUAGCGCUUCAGAGUCGUCCGGGUCGACGGGUUUGCUCCGCUCUGUUUGCUAACUAGUGCUGCCGAUCAGUGUUAACAUGGAUUCUUCCACUUUCUCACGGCAUCCUCAGCAUGUGCUAGCGAGUGUUUAUUCCUGACUAGCAUUCUGGCUCUGCUUCUUUUUUUUUUCUUUUUUUUUUUGAAAAGGUUGGUUGUGUGUUUUUUGCGCCGCGUCAUCGCCGCUGCACCAUUUCAAUCGAGCUAGAAUUCUAUUAAUUCCAUAAUUAAUUUGAUCGAGCGCCACUUUGUGUCAUUCGUUGCAAUUAGCGCAGUAGCUGCCCUCGUCCUCGUUAGCGCUAGCAGUUAGCCGUUCAUCAUUUCUCUGUUCCACGCUUGUCCAGGAGUAGCUGUGUGUCGGGAGCAGCCGCUAUCAGUGCUCGCGCUCGUGCUCGUGUAUAUAAACCACCCUUAAAUUAGACAUUUGUGGAACUGUAAAAGUUAAUUUUUUUUCUUCCGAAAAUUAGAAUUUUCUUUUUUUUUUUUUUUUUUUUGGUACCAAAA